UCCGCGUAGUCCGCGGUCAUGUCGAUUUGACGCUCUUUCUAUCUUCUCUCCGUCUCGAAUAUCGGUCACGGUAAUCGACGAGUUUCUUAGAAAAAAGCGAGACUCAUCGAUCGCUUCGUCUGCAAAUCGAUCGGUAAUCGACGUCGACGCUAAUCGUGGCUAACGCGCGGACGCGCGAUGGCCGCGCCAUUCCGCUGCUUGCGUCGCGCGUGCUCUAUCAUAAAACUUUUUUUUUCCCUCCAUUGAAAUACCGAUUUUCGCACGUUUUCGGGCUCCCUCUAAACAAUCGCCGGGCAAACUCUCCCCCGAUUUCCAUCCGCCUGCGCGCGGCUUGACGCCACCGUCCGUUUCUCUUUGUGCGCCAAACGUUCGUGCUGACGUCGAACCGAUUGGAAAGACUUUGAAAAUGGCAACGAGCUACGAAACGUCGGAACGAUGCAUGAGCUCCAUGGAGGAAGAGUGCCUCAUUGAGAGGAGAAGAACCGCAGCGAUCAAGGAGUGCGUGGAGCUCCUGAGAAUCGACUCUACUCCAAAGUACUAUCGUGAAAACUUCAAAAAAUUCUUCCAGGACGAGGCUCUGCUACGACAGCUCUUCAUACUUUUCGAUCAGGACCGAGACGAACUCUUGAAACAAGACGAUUGGAUCGAAUUCUUGAAGAGAAGGCUCGUAAAUGAAAAGCACAAGGACUUCAUGGAUCAGAUUGAGAGCGUGGCGUACGAAUUACGCGGGGACGAAGCUGUGAAUUUCGACAGUUUUCGUCAGAUCUUUUCCGCCAGAGGGGUAGUCGACAAGUUGUUUCGGCUUAUCGAACAGGAAAAUACCGGCUACGUGCUUCCUGCGCAAAUCAUCGAAUUUAUCGCCGACGUCAGCGACACCAGACCUCGAGCAGGUUUCGACGCAGGGAAUCUCGAAUGGCUGGAAAAAAUAUUCAGACAAACCGUUGGCAAUGAGAAAGAGAUAAGACGCGAGGAUUUCAAGAAAAUUGUUACUUCGAAAAACCCCUUCUUCACGGAAAGGGUUUUUCAGAUAUUCGACAAAGAUGAUUCGGGGACAAUAUCGCUUCAGGAAUUCCUUGACGCGAUGCACCAAUUCGCAGGCAAAACUCCGGACGAUAAAAUACGAUUUCUCUUCAAAGUUUAUGAUAUUGAUGGUGACGGAUUGAUACAACAUCGGGAGCUCGAGCACGUGAUGCGAGUCUGCAUGGAGGAAAACGGUAUGAAAUUCAGCGACGAACAAAUCGAGGAUUUGACGUUGGCCCUCUUCGAGGACGCUGAUCAAGGGAAUCGGGGCGCGAUCACAUUCGAGGCCCUGAAAAAACAGUUGGAAAAGCACGAAGGGCUUUUGGAGAAUCUCUCAAUCAGCAUAGAUCGAUGGAUGGUGCCACCAAAGCCUGAAAAAACGAAGCGUUCGUUGACAGCUGUGCUGCGAUCUCUGACGCCUUACCAACUGACGAAGCCCUACAUGAAAAAUAAUUACGUUUACAUUGCCUUUCUUUCGCUCUUCAUUCUCACGAACGUAGCGCUCUUCGUCUCGAGGCUUUACAAGUACCGAGAUGCUGGAAUUUUCGUGAUGCUUGCUCGCGCUUGUGGUCAGUGUCUCAACUUCGACUGCACAUUUACUCUCGUUCUCGUGUUACGUCACUCCAUAACUUUUCUGAGGACGCACGGAUUCAGUUCGAUUUUGCCGCUGGAUCAUCACAUUUAUCUCCACAAAAUGGUCGGCGCUUUCAUCGGCGUUUUCAGUCUCGUUCACACGAUAAUGCAUCUUCUGAAUUUCGGCAUGAUCGUCGUUAAGGACCAGGUGAUCAACGAGGCUAAUUACACCAUGUCCGAGUGGCUGUUAACGAGCAAGCCGGGACUGUUUGGGCUGGUUGGGGGCAGCGCGAAUCCCACUGGCGUUGCCCUCCUCGUUAUUUUGAUCGUCAUGUCCUUAUGCUCGAUGCCGUUCGUCAGACGCGGUGGCUGCUUCGAGGUAUUUUACUGGUCCCAUUUAUUGUACAUUCCAUUUUGGAUACUGAUGAUAUUUCACGGGCCAAAUUUCUGGAAAUGGUUCGUCGUACCGGGCACGAUUUACCUGAUCGAGCGCGUUCGUCGCUUCGUUUGGCUCCGUUCGGAACGUGGAAAAACGUACAUAAGCUCGGGGGUUUUGUUGCCCUCGAAAGUCACUCAUCUCUGCAUAAAGAGACCUCAAAAUUUCGACUUCCGACCUGGCGACUACGUGUUCGUAAAUAUUCCAGUGAUCGCCAAGUACGAAUGGCAUCCGUUGACGAUCAGCAGCGCACCGGAGCAGGAAGAUUCCAUGUGGCUCCACAUCCGAGCCGUAGGCGAAUGGACCAACAGUCUUUACUCCUACUUCGAAAAAGAGCAGCAGAAACUUCAUCGCGGUGAUGUACUUCCCGUUGAAGCCUGCCAGUCCGGAGUAGUGCAAAAACCUUCCGUCAAGAAGCCGGUUCCAACUCCGAUGACCAUAGAAACUAAAAGUUCAACAGAGUGCGCAAAGAAAACUGAAGGGUACGACAAUCCUCGUUUCGUUUCUGACAACGAAACGAACUGCACUACCGAGCCCACGAAUAACACGAAAAAUUCUUAUUUGGCAGCCCCACCUCGCGUUGCCGCGCUACCGAGACUGCAGCGCGAUCGUAAGAUUCACCAAUUAGUUGACGGCCAGAAAAUGCCUCUGGAGAAAUCGUUCUCAAUGCCUGAUAUGCAGACGAAAUACAAGAAGAGGCAGAGAUUGAUAGCGCUUCGUGAUCACAUGAGAUCAGAAUCGGAGAGAAGUUUCGAUCAGUGUCAAAUGAGGCGUGCGAGACUCAAAGCACUUGGAGUCGCAUAUCUGAGUCCACAGAACAAAUCACUCGCUCAGAGUUUUCGGUACAUGAGAACGAAGCCCACCAUUAUUGCCUUCAAGACUCCGAGCAUGGAGAACUGCGAGUACGAGCUGACGUCGAACGGAGUCAAGUCCACCGAGCCUUCCAACGAAACCGCAGCACAGAAUCCGCCAUCCGAAGCUCUCGCUGUGGCCGCUGAAGAAGGGCUCUUGAGCCCGAAUGCCCAAUCCCGUGAACGAAAAACAAGUAUUCGUGCAUAUGGAAAAAAUCAAUUUAAUUUUCAACCGGUGAUAAAUUAUCCGGUUGGAAAACCCUUAGAGAUACUCUUGGCUGGUCCUUACGGCGCUCCAUCGAGUCAUAUUUUCCAAGCCCAACACGCUGUUCUCAUAGCUACGGGAAUCGGCGUGACACCUUUCGCCUCGAUUUUACGAUCGAUUAUGCACAGGUACUGGAAGGCGAGACACACGUGUCCAAAGUGUCAAUUUUCUUGGGCGAGUGAGAUUCCCCCUACUGUCAUGAAUUUGAGAAAGGUUGAUUUCUUCUGGAUCAAUCGCGACCAACACUCGUUCGAAUGGUUCGUCAAUCUCCUUUCUCAGUUAGAAAUGGAACAAGCUGAACUCGGUGUGACGAUGGAACGUUUUUUGGAAAUGCACAUGUACAUUACGAGUGCGCUCCAAAAAAACGAUAUGAAAGCCGUUGGUCUUCAACUUGCUAUGGACCUGUUACACGAAAAGGAAAAACGAGAUUUGAUAACGGGAUUGAAGACUCGAACGAAUGCGGGAAGGCCCAACUGGGACAAAGUCUUCAAGCAGCUACUGGAUAAGAAGAAGGGAAAAGUCACGAUUUUCUACUGCGGCCCUCCUCAGCUUGGAAGAAUUCUACGUUACAAGUGCGAUCAAUUUGGUUUUAAUUUCCGAAAGGAAACUUUUUAGGACGUUUUACGUACGGGAGAGUUGUUGUUUUAUUAUUUAAUAGUUAUCGUUACCUAUUUUCGAACACUGACGUUUAGAUGCUGCUUUUCUUCUUUGUCUCAUCGAUCUACAUUCGACUUUGUUAAUGUAUUUUGUAAAAUCUCAAAGUCGUCAGUUCGCGUCGGUCGUUCUAAUAAUUAAAUUAUUACUUUUAUGCAAAUUCCAGCGUCCGUUGAGUUACCAGUUUUUCACACUCUUUUCCAUUUCAUUUUAUGUAGCAAGGACAGAUCAAAGGGAACGUCUAA